AUUGUCGAAUGUUGAUGGCAUCGAUGCCGGGAUGGGUACUACUUUGCGUCUUGCAUGCAGAUAGCCGGCCUACAAAUAAGUCCUCCAUCCCUUCGAUCAUAUCUCACUUGUUUUCUUCGCUCUUUUCCCGCCGGGCGUCUGCCCUCUCGCGCAUCGACUUUACGUUUUCAACAAUGACGUAUCUUCGCGGCGAUUACACCUGGGACGAUCGCUCAGGUUGGCGAGCAAAUCGGAAUUUCGUCCCUUUUCGUGGCAUGGUGCAUGAUGUUCGGCGUCGGUUACCGUAUUACUGGUCAGAUAUUCGCGAUGGUUUCAAUUACAGAACGUUCGCGGCUACAGUCCGCAUGUACUUUGUCAAUCUUCUUCCAGCGCUAGCGUUCAUUCUUGACAUGAACCACAACACCGGUGGUUUUUAUGGCGUUAACGAAGCAUUGUUCUCUUCAGCACUAGCGGCACUGGUUUUUAGCAUACUUGGCGCGCAACCGCUGACAAUUGUUGGCAUCACUGGUCUUAUAUCGUUAUUCAACUACACCAUCUACGACAUAAUCAAACUUCACGAUGUGUCGAUAUAUCCGGCGUUCAUGGUAUGGGUCGGUAUCUGGACGGCAAUAACACAUUGGAUUACUGCCGUGUUCAACUGGUGCGAUUAUAUGCGCUACGUCACGGACUAUUCGAGCAAUACGUUCGCGCUAUAUGUUGGAACUGUGUACCUAAUCAAAGGAGUCGAGGAGUUGUCUAUCGACUUUUACGACGAGAGAAUCACGAACGGUUACAUGUCUGUGAUGAUUGCUAUUCUGUACAGCAUCACUGUCUACCUCUUGGAGAAGAUGCGCAGAACAACUCUGUUCAAACCUGCGGUGCGCGAAUUCCUGUCCGACUACGCCUAUCCGAUUGCCACUGUCUGGUGGACGGGUUUUAGCCACAUUCCAGGAAAUCUUCGACGAGUGCACAUAGGAACUCUUCCCAUCACAAGGUCAUGGUAUCCAACAAUAGAACGACCCUACGUGUGGCUCGUUGACUUCUGGCACUUGCCUGUGAAGUGGAUCUUCGUUGCUCUCCCUUUCGGAUGUCUCGUCACACUCCUCUUCUACUACGAUCAUAAUCUCAGCUCGAUCACAGCACAAGCGAGACAGUUUCCGUUGAAAAAGCCUGCUGGUUUCCACUGGGAUUUCUUUCUGUUGGGAUGUACAACUAUGAUCUCAGCAUUCAUCGGCAUCCCCUUCCCGAAUGGACUUGUUCCACAAGCACCUGUCCAUACUGACGCCUUGACGACCUAUAAAGAUGAGCAAGACAUAGUCGAGAAGAGAGACGGCGGCCACAUCGUUCACAAAAAGACAAUCGCAACCCAUGUAACCGAACAGCGCAUUUCGCACUUCCUCAUGGGCCUUGCUAUCAUUGGUACUAUGACGCGUCCAUUCCUUGUUGUUCUUGGAACCAUGCCUCGCGCAAUUUUUGGAGGAGUUUUCCUUGUUGUCGGCUGGGGAUCUAUCGAAGGAAAUGGAAUCAUCAAAAAAAUCAUCUUCCUCUGCACCGAAAGACGAUUCAUCCAGCCAGACGAACCACUGCUUAAAAUCAAGCGAAGCCGAAUACUACACUUUGUUUUCUAUCAGCUCCUCACGUGGGCGAUCGCUAUUUCCAUCUCGCAGACAUUGGCUGCGAUUGGGUUUCCCGUCAUCGUCACGGCCCUGAUACCGUUCCGUGUUUAUGUCAUUCCAAAGAUAUUCACUCAUGAGGAGCUUGCAAUCAUGGAUUCAUUGACUGCGACAAAUGACGUAGUACUUGCCAGUUUGGGUGGCCGGCCCACAAUGAGAGAAGAAAAAUUCGCGGAAGAGAUGACACCGGCCGACAGUGAUGGUACAAGAGUUGGCGAAGAACAAGAAGAGAAUGAAACUAGACGACGGCGACUACCGCCAAAUGCGGCUAUGACCGGUGCCGGUGAAGACAAAGAGCCAAAGGAAGACGUUUAAUAUUAGAUUUAGAGAAGAGCCGUAGAUUUCUAGAAGACUUAGACUGCUGAAGAAGCAACGGGACGAGCUCCCGGUAGAAGUUGAAGAUAGUUGGAUCUAAAUUGCAUCUUCUACCCAGUCGAUAUCAA